CUCGUUCAUUUCCAUUUUUAAAUGAAAAAGAUCAAGUUUUAAUAGAUGUUGGAAUAGAUGGUUUAAAGCUAUUCAGAAGUUCAAGUAAAGUACUAUGGCCUAUUCUUGGUUCAAUCGUUGAUUUUCCAAAAGAAAAACCUUUUACUAUUGCCUGCUUCUCAGGAAAACAAAAACCAAGCAAUGUUAAUGAAUUUAUGAAAGAUUUUUGUGACGAAGUAGUAUGUUUAAGAAAUAACGGUUUAAAAGUCGGUUUGAUUAACCCCAUUUUGAAAAGAUUUAAUGUUCGUUUAUUUACGUGUGAUUCGCCCGCGAGAGCUUUUGUGACUGGGGUUCAAAAUCAUAAUGCGAAAAAGGGCCUCCCUAAAUGUUGUCAAGUAGGUCAUUAUUUAGAAAAAAGGGUAUGCUUCUCUAAGAAACUAUGUGAAUUAAGAACCGAUUUUUCAUUCAAAAAUAGAAAUGAUUUGGCACACCAUAACGUAAAAUUUCGGGAAGAAGAAAAUGUUUUAGAAGAAGCGGGCUUUGGAAUGGUUUCUCAAUUUCCUUUAGAUCCCAUGCACCUCGUUGAUUUAGGUGUGGUUAAAAAACUCUUGCAUCUUCUAGUAAAUAAAGUAAACGUUAACGUAAUGAAUGAUAAGCUUUAAUUUCUUUCUGUCUGGGUGCCAUCUGAAUUCGGAAGAGUUUGCAGAAAUAUUGAUGAAACUGGAGAUCCACUGAAUAUAAACAAUUUUUACUAUACUCGGGUAUAUUUGUUUUGAAAAAUUGUGUUGAUGAACAUUUGUACUACCAUUUUCUUUUAUUACAUGCCAGUAUACGUAUUCUCUCUUCCGAAAGAUCUUACAAAGUAGAAGCAAAUAUUGUACAGCAAUUAUUAAAUGAAUUUGUUAAUUUGUUUGGAAAUAUUUAUGGGGAUCAUUUAAUAAGUUUUAACCUGCACGGCCUUCUUCAUUUGUCUUAUUGUGCCAAAGAAUAUGUACCCUUAGACACUUUUUCGGCCUACAAAUUCGAAAAUUAUAUGCAGCACUUAAAAAAACUUAUUAAAUCCCCCACAAAUAUUUUGCAACAGUGGUAUUUGAGAAUUGACGAAAGAAAAUAUUUAAUAGAAGAUAAACAUUCAAAACUUGAUGCGUUUUUCAUUAAUCAUAUAAAAGAGAAAAAUUCGUUUUGUUUUAGUGAAGAUACGGGACCUUUCAAAGUCAUAGAUAUGUGCAUAGAAUCAGAAGAGGAGGUAGUGGUCGGAUACAAAUUUAAAGAAAUAAGUAAUUACUUUAUUGAGCCUCUUGAAUCCUUUUCUGGACUUAGUAUUUUGCUUGCAAGCGGGUUAAGUGAUGAAAUAAUACGGUUUCCAAAAAAAAAUAUCAAAUACAAAUAAUUUUGCAUACCUUAUGAAAAUAAUUUUCUUUUAAUUCCAAUAUUACAUCACCUCUUUCACACUAGUUAUACAAGUUUAUUCUACUAUACAUUAGCAAAAUUUACUUGUUCCCAUUAAUAACACAUUUUCUUUUUCUUUGUUUUAACCAUGCCACGAAUUCUGGAGAAAUAUGAGUGAGGAAGCCGAUAUUUUCAAUUGGACACCCCCGGCCACAUCCACCCCUAAGGACAGAAAAAGGAAAAGGCUUCAACUUUCCCUAGACUUCAACGCCUGUUCUUCAAAUCAAAUAUUAACAUCUUGUCACAGCCAGAGUGUGUUUGGAGCAACUGAAACACCAGUUGUUGCCGAAAUUUCAGCAACAAACAAAGAUGUAAUGGACAUGUUGGAAAUUAUAUUACAAAAGCAAACAAAUUUGGAGACCCGGUUGGAUAGCUUGGAAGGAAAAAUGCUUGACAAAACUGAUGUGAUGGCUCACCAUAAAGUCGUGCGUGAGUCGAGAGUGCUAAUUAAAAAAGUACAUCAGAGUGUUUGCCGCAUAUCCGGAGAAACUGCGAAGAUCUCCACACAGAACUGGCCGUUCUUAUGCCAAUGCAAUCUUUAGAUGCUGGUUUUGAUUUGGAGGAAAAGCUAAUAGAAAAAAAUUACGAAGACGGAAUGAUAUCAUAUCUUUUCACCAUAAAAGGCUCUUCAGGAGAUAUUGAAGCGGUGAUGGUCGAUGCGGCAGAAAAUCGCUAUCUAAGUUGAAAAUAGUUAGCGUGGCUCUGUUUGGUUUUUUAUAUUAUUCACUUAUUUUCUGAAUUUUUGGUUAUGUUUUUAAUUAUUUUUUUUCAGAUAUUUUCAAACUCCAGGGCCGUAUAGAGUUUGAAAAGGAAGUACGAAAGAGCGUCGAAUACAGCCAUAAUAGGUAAAAGCAGAAACGCUAUUCAUCUAACAAACGGAAUAUGCCUUUAUAAAUAAGCUUAGCUUUAGACAAAUAAGUUUAGUUUUACACCUUAAUCAAGAGACUACCAAACUAAUAUAAAUAAUAGUACAAACUAAAUGUGAUCUCAAAUAUAAUAUGAACAUAAUAGUACAAAUAAAAUGUGAUCUCUUAGUAUAAUACCUUAUCUGUAGUUAUAAAUAAAUAUAAUAUAAACUAUUAAUAAUAAUAUAACAAAUAA